CUCCUCCUCUCCAGUACAAACGGAACCGGUGAUUACAGGUGUCUGAUGAUUCAUCUGACUCCCCAGAGCCGGGGCCUGUCACCUGCAUGGAGCCUUUCAUGGUGCGGAGGCUGUCUUGCCGGACAGUGCAGUUGCCCCCUUUGGCCUUCAGACAGGCCGAGCAGUACUACUGUGAUCGUAAGCCAGAAUCAGACACAGUCACAGUUCCACCACGGCCCACCACACUGCCACUACGUACCCCGCCACUCAUCGCCAUCACCUCCGCCGACACUAGCAGCACAUUCACCAGGGAAGAACUGUUGAAUAUUUGACAGCUCACUCCACAAACUUUUUCACCAAACACCGCUCUCGUCAUUACAUCUGACAGAUGUCCACUCUCUUUUCAACAAAAUGGAUGAACUGCUGCUCAUAAACAGAACAAACAGGGAUUUUUCAGGAUCUGGUGCCCUGUGUUUCACUGAAACCUGUCUGGGUGAGUCUAUCCCUGACAGCAUUCUACAUCCAUCAAGCGGACCAUGUACGGAGUUAACGGGGAAAACAAGGGGAGGAGGAAUCUGCUUCUACAUAAAUGAAGUUUGGCAUACAGAUGUUACAGCGGUAAGGAAAAUAUGCACUCCUCACCUAGAGACUAUUUUCAUCAAAUGCAAACCGUUUUAUUCACAGCGGGAGUUUUCCUCCUUUAUUCUGGUUGGUGUUUACAUUCUACCUCAGGCCCGCAUUAGUGAGACCUUACAACACCUGGCUGACCAGAAAACCAGCAUGGAACGAAAACAUCCAGACUCCUUUCUCAUUAUCCUUGGAGAUUUUAACAGAGCAAACCUCAGCUAUGAACUGCCAAAAUACUGACAGCAUAUUAAGAGUCUCACCAGGGAUAAAAACACACCACUGCUACACAAUAUUAAUGGACACAUAUUGCUCUGUUCCCCGUGCAGCUUUGGGACUCUCUGAUCAUGGUCUGGUUCAUCUUCUCCCAACCUACAGGCAGAAACUAAAAUCUGCAAAGCCUGUGGUUAAAACUGUGAAGAGAUGGACCCAUAAGUCAAAACUGGAGCUACAGGCCUGCUUUGACUGCACCGAUUGGAGUGUUUUUGAGGCGGCGUCUACAGACCUGGACGAACUUAUCGACACUGUAACAUCUUACAUCAACUUUUAUGAGGACAUAUGUGCACUCACCAAAACUCUCUGCACCAUCAAUAACAAUAAGUCCUGGUUCACAGCAAAUCUCAGGCAGCUUUGUCAGGCCAAGGAGGAGGCCUACAGGAGUGGAUACAGGAUCUUGUACAACCAUGUCAGAAACACACUGACAAAAGAGAUCUCCAACUACAGGAAAGCCUUCACCCACACUGCAGAGAACCUUCAACUAGCUGACAACCGGAAUGUGAUUUACCACAGGUUUGAUCAGCCCACUUUCACACCUGUCACUCGCUCCAAUUCAGACAUCCCACAACCAACUGCACCCCCUGCUAUCACCUACAUGUACCCAGACUUCCCACCAGCACUGAUGGUCUGUGAAGGGGAUGUGUGUCAGCUCUUUCAGAGACAGAAGAUCAGGAAAGCACAAGGCCCAGACAGCGUGUCACCCUCCUGUCUGAAAGUCUGCGCUGAUGAGCUGGCCCACAUCUUCACAUGGAUCUUCAACAGAUCACUGGAGCUCUGUGAAGUCCCCUCAUGUUUCAAAUGCUCCACAGUCAUCCCGGUCCUCAAGAAACCCUCCAUCACUGGACUGAACGACUACUGGCCCAUUGCCCUGACAUCUGUGGUCAUGAAGUUGAGAGACUGGCGUGUCCACCCACCCCCCUGUACACCAGCGACUGCACCUCAGGGGACCUGUCUGUUCAACUCCUGAAAUUUGCAGACGACACAACAGUCAUCGGCCUCAUCCGAGGCCCCAUCACCAACAGCACUGUGUCAGCUGUGGAAUCCUUUAGGUUUCUGGGAUCUACAUUGUCCCAGGACCUGAAGUGAGAGUGCAAC